CUAUACCCCGGGCCGCCCCGCUAGUUUGCCACCGGUCGAUCGCGAUCUUCGGUCUGCUGAUCUUUCUCGAUAUUGCUAUUUGUAAUCGACCGCAAAUGGAAAGUUACAGGCUGCUUCAGAGGUCUCCGCCGUCCGACUCAACUCAGAGUUAUGAGGACCAAGACGAGGACCCAAACAACACCACCGCCCCUAUUACCACCCACACUCGGUCUCCUCCCGCCCCGGAGCCGAAGAAUUCGGCCUCAAAACGCCUUGCCUGUGACCAAUGCCGUCACCGCAAAGUAAAAUGCAACAAGGAGUAUCCAACAUGUAGCAGAUGCGCCAAGGUGGACAUCGCGUGCGCCUAUUCUACACGCAAAAAGACGUCGCCUGAGAAGAUGGACCUGUCUUAUUUUCUCCUGACGUUGAAUAGCCGACUUGAACAAGCAGAGGCUCAGCUGGCCUUCAGUCCCCCGUCGAAGCAGGAUGGGGGGCAGCCAGGCGGCUCUCUUUUACCCAGCCUCGGUAAAGAUGAGGAUAUGGCGACGGCAGCAUCACUGGGGUCAUCGUCAUUAUCAGAAAAGGUGUCAAGUAACGUGUCAAUGACGCCAAAACCAGUUGAAAACAAUGACCCUUUUUCUGAAACAAUCAUGGUCACAGAGUCAGCUGAAGAAUGGUUCAAUAACAUGGAAGACGGUGGUGCUGAUUUCCACUUCGAGACAUUUGCGCCCACCAUGGGAAACGACCUCGUACUGGCGCAGUCUGUCCCGGACGCAAAUCAGGGGUUCGAUUUCGACCCUAUGGUAUUUGACACGACACCGUCGUCCGCCAGCAGUAGCGGUGGGCUGAACCUGUCGCCUAGUCUAGUACAAGGCUUUUAUGAUCGGUUCUUUGACGUUUUCCACCCCAUCAUGCCCAUAAUUAAUCGGACCCGGUUUCAGGCCGAGAUGUCGGAGCCAUCGCCCUCAAUCGAAGUGCAGGUUUUGUCCCACGCCAUCGCUGUGCUGGGCACGCUCUCGGUGCCUGAACUGCGUCCCUACGCUGACUAUUACUACGAGCACGCGCGCAGUCUCCUGGAAUUGUGCGAGAGGCAGGAGGGCGGCGGUUCUCUGACCAAUAUUAACACUCUUCAGGCUUGCGUCCUGCUAACUCUGUACGAAUUUAAAAGGCCUAACUUUGCUAGGGCCUGGAUGACACUCGGCAGGGCAAUCCGGCUGGCAAAGAUUAUGGGCAUCGAUAAAGCCGGCAUCACCCCGGUGGCAGAUCAGUGGGGUUUCCGAGGCAGGAUGCCAGGUCCCGAGACACCCCCGUCCUCGGAGGAAAAGCGCCGUACAUUUUGGGUUCUGUACAUAUUCGACUCUUUCGCCAGCGUCAGGACGAACUCGAGUUCUGCCUUUGACACACAGAUAUCCGUUCCCUUGCCCAGCUGCCGAGAGUAUCCGGACUUCAGCACCCCCAGCGACACGAUGCCACCGCUGGAGCAGCUCUUCACUUCAGCGACCACGACGCCGCUGUCGUCAUUUGCGGCGACAAACGUCAUGAUCUACCUGUACCAGCGCUGCUUCGGACACGUGCAGUCGUCGGCACAGCAAGGGCUAACGCACGCAUUCUGGGAGACGCACUACGACAUCGAGAAGGCCAUCCAUAAGUGCCGGACCAGCAUCAUGGUGCAACACCUCGCCAAGCACGCAGUCGAGGACCCGCUGUCCCUCACGCUGCGCAUCAACCUAAACACGGUUGAGAUCAACCUGCAGGAGGCCGCCCUGGCCAGGAUCCGCCAGAACCAGCUACCAACUGAGCUGACGGCCGCGGCCACGGCCAAAUGUGCGGCCUGUGCGGCUGACACGGUUGAGGCCUUACAGAUGGGCCUGCGGCUAAAGGGAAACAAGCUAGAAAUGUUCCGCCAACUUGACCAGUUCCUAAUCUGGCCCAUCACCACGACCAUACAGACGUGCUUCCGCUUGCUCUACAACGACCACAGCGGUGCCGGCGGGCGGCCCAGGGAUGCCGCGCUUUACGUCAACGCCAUCCGCGUCCUCUCUAGCUCCAUGCGCGACCUCAUCGACCCAGAACACAUCGCCCCGGGCUUCCUGGAAAGAGCCGAUGAGAAGGUGGCUGAGGCGGAGCAGAUGAACGGCUGGCGGCAUCAGACUGAGGGUUAGACUGUUCAUUUUCCUCCUUAUCGUUCUGACACCGUAAAGCUGCCAUUGUCAGGUUCAAAGUCCUGGCAAUCUGGCAAUCGAGUGCUAGCAGGUGGGAGAUAUAAUUAGGAUAGUCAGUGCAGACAAUGGCCUCCUUCUCCUCCCUUCUUCUAUUUGUUUCCCCUCUUUCUUCUGCUUCCCACCAUGUUACCAACAAAUAAGCCCAUAUGUUAUAUAGAGCAAGGGAGAGAGACAUAUAUACAAAUAAUUUGUUUAUACUAAAGAGUAUAAUUGUGUAC